UAUUAUAUAGAAGCCAUGUUCAAGUAUCUCCUCUUUGCAGUGGUCCUAAGCUUGGUCGUUGUCACAUAUGUCAGCGCCAAUGCAGGUCUGGUCAAGCCAAUUCCAAGAAUGAAGUGUAGUGAUAACUCUGCCGAAGGAUGCAGACUGAAGGCACCAUGCAAACGUAGAACAUCAAAUAUGAUCAAUGCUGUAUACUAUCACGAUGCAUACCAGAUUGCCAUCUUCCAGAAGGAGGCCUUCAAGACUGAGUCGUCCAACAACACUUACACACUCCAGUUCUUCGUUGAUGACGCACCCCUGGGUAUCCAGCUGUUGACAUUCAACCAGAACGACAUGAGCUUGAACAAGUCGAUGUACACCAUGACCGUGCCAUCCCUCGACACCAUCCAGGACCUCAAGGACGCCGAUCUCUCAUGGGAUGAUGAGGGCAACGUCUACGGAUACUUGCAGUUGACAUUUGAUACUCGUUCCGGUAACGGCCACGCCUACUACUCAUGUGCCGAUGUCCGUCUGCAGCAGAAGAAGGUGCUCAACUCUGCCAAGUCAUUCACCAUCGAGGACGUCACCACUGUCUCUGUUGCCAAUGGCGGUCUGAACACUACUGUUGAGAGCACCAACUCCACUGUCGUUGUACCAACACUCGUCCAAGGUGCUGCCCUGCCAACUGGCGACGUCAACACACCAUCCGAGCCAACUGAGACCACUACCGAGAUCCAGGAGGAGACCAAGGAGGGCAGCUUCGGCAGCAAAGUCAGCUCAUCAUCCACCUUUAUCUUUGCCUCAAUCUUCACCUCUGCCUUCCUCGUUUUCAACGUCUUCUCCUCUGUCGAGAAGAGGAUG